GCUCCUAGUUGUAGGGUCUUGGGAAGGGACAGUGACCAAGGGUUCGGGGUCCCCCAGAGAGUUUAGCAGUGGCAGCUGCAGGGUGGAUGUGUUCCCAGGGGAGUGAGAGCAACAGCAUAUGGUGCUUGGUUGCAAUGCCCUUUUUUUCUUUUUUGGCAACCCCUGGGGGGACUGGGGUCACUGGUGGAGCCUCCAUCACAGGCCCCCAGUGGUGGCAAGCCACACCCCCCCCCCCACAGUCCGUCCCUGCCACCUGUGGAUCGUGCAAGAGGCACCACGAAGCACUUAGCCCCCUGAUGCCCUUAGUCCACACAAUAGGUGCCUGGCCACCUGCAGCCAGCACAAGUGCGCAAUCUCCCCUCAACAAGCGUGGGAGGGGCGCCUGCGCAUGCGCAGCCCCACACAGGAAGUUUCUUACGGCGCCUGCGCCUCCUCCUCUCCCGUCCCCCGAUAAUGGCGCCGUGCCUCUCCUGCCGGUCUGGAUGUUCUCCCGGGUUCCCUCUGCCCUGGUGUUCCCCUCCUUAGCCUGUGGUGGUCCCCUCCUUAGCCCCUGGUGCACUGCUGCUCAGCCCCUCGUGCCACCCCCGUCCUCUCCCUGGACCGACCUCGGAGCCUGCGUCUCAGCGCCCCGCCCCGCCCGCGCGUCUGAGGCUGCGGUGCCCCGGCCUGCGGUUCAGCUGGUCUGUGCGGCUCUCACUCGGCUUUGCUGUCCUCAGUCCAGCGGCUGCGCUUUCUCGCGGACUUGGAGGUCCCACCGACUCAGCCCAUCUUUGCUCAGGAGGCAGCUCUCCAUGUAACCUGCUCAGCCGUGACUAGGACAUCACCAUCUCGGAAUCAAGGAGCAUCUUUAAGUGCAGAGGCUGCACACUGAUGAGUGGGGGCAGAGAGGCAGAAAGAAGCGGGAAGGUCAGUGCUACACUGGUCCCAGACGGCCUACUCCUGGACUUCUUAAUGUGAGACACAGUAAACCCCUAAUGUGUUUAAGCCAUUAUUAUUCAAGUGCUUUCAGCCUUAACCUAUUCCUAAGCCUCAUGGACAAGACAGAGAGAGAGAAGUUUUCAAUAACCUUUUCUAGAGGAAAUCUAGAAUUUUACUUAGAAUUUUAAACUUUUCAAGACUGUCCAAUCUUGGCAAUUUUACCAUGCUUCUCAUUAUGGUUCUAGUCUAUUUCACUGUGAAUGAUUAGCAAUAAAGUCUUUUGAAACUUCCCCAACUCCCUGCAGGGACAGCAAAGGAGGGCAGACUGGGCCCCCCUUUCCACUCAAGCUUGGUACGAGGAAGGAAGGACUGGCUUCCAUGUGAGGAAAGGAAAGUCCUGAGUCCUGUCCCAGUGGCGAUGGGGUUGGGGUGGGGGCGCUCAGGGCAUCGGGCAAGCAGGGCUGGGCAACAGAGAGCCCACAUGAGUCCAGUGUCUCGUCUCUACCAUGCUCAGGAGUUGGCUGCACACUGUCCUACUCUCAUGCAUUUGAGUCCCCUGGUUCUUGUGUGAUUAUCUGUAUUCUGACACUAGGUUGGCCUUGUCCUUGGUCCCAGUGUCUCUCCCGAUUUCACUCUACCUACACAGGUGAGGUGACUCUUGUGACUUGGCUCUGAAACUUAAUACCAGCCUCAUCUCAGAAGCUUUUUUUCCAGAUUUCCCCACCUUAUUAUUAUUUUUAAUUUUCCCACUGUACAGCCCACCUUAUUUUUUCUUUCUCCUUUAUCAGCUCCUGCUACCGGCCCCAGCCUGAUCAUUUCUUUACCUCCCAAGCGCUGAAACAUCAUAAGGUGAAAUGCGUGGACCUCUCAAGUCCCCAAAGUCAUGGGCCGUCUUCCUAGUCCAGCAGUCCUCCAGUCCUCCCAUGCCCCCCACGCCUGCAGCCUGAGCGUAUCUUUAACUUCAAGAGACCCCAGGUAUUUCCACUUCCUAUCGUAACUCAUCUUUUAAAUUAUUCAGUAGUUUGCGGGGCUGAAAUACUUCCCACGAAGCAUUUUAAAUGCAUUGCCUACAGUCUCCCACACAGGAGGAUAUUUGUACCCUCCAUGGCACUUGAUGAGUUUACUGGCCUUUGUCAACAGGACUCUCGCCUGUUCUUCCCUGGCCUGGCCAGUUUCCUUGUUAUUAAAAGCGCAAUAUUCCCCCUUGCAUUUUUCCAUUAUGUUCCGGAGAUACUUGUUCUCUGUGUUUUUGACAUAAUCUUCGAGCUCCUCAGCCCCGAGGUCUUCUCUCCGGGUGAAGAGCACCAUCAGGCAUUGCAUAGCUUCUGCUCCAAAGAUGGCCUCGAGCCCCGCCACGGCCUUUCUGUCCUCUUGAGUGAUCCGCCCCAGCUGCAAAACCAGGACCAGGACCGUACUCCCUUCUUUAUAGUAGGCCUUACAUCUUUUGACCUCCUCCGCUUGCUGGGCUGGCCCUCCCUCAGUCCCCGAGGCCAGGCAGAAGGAGGGCGUGUCCACGACCUCAACGUCCUGCCCCUCCCACGUGGUCUUGCUCUUCUGGCACGUCUUGGUGACGGGCUGCGCUCUCAGCUGAGACCGGAACUCCUGCCUCCCGAGGAUGGUGUUCCCGCUGGCGCUCUUCCCCGUCCCACUCCUUCCCGUGAGGAUAAUGCACAGGCACUCUGUUGAAAGGCAAGCAAGGAAAGACCCGUGACCAUGGACUGAUCUGCAUGCACCUCUCAUCUCAAGGCUGUGGCCAUUUAUUACAGCAGAGGGUGCUCGGAGAGCAUCAGAGCUGCCCUCUCACCUGGCCGCUCCAUCCCCAAGCACAGGAACAGCUUUGUCCAGAUCACACAGCCUGUGAACCCAGAGGCACAGCGCAGACCACAGCCUCUGCCUGGUGCUCACCCACUGAGGCCAGCCCUGUUUCCGUCUCUGCAUUUGCUCUACCCCCUUUUCCUGGCACCUCUCUGGAUUCCCUGACACCCCAUGAGUGCCAGUGGCUUGAUCACUCUUCACCUGCUUAGCCCCAUGCAGUCCACACACCCCAUCUCUGUCUUCUGUUCCUGCUGUAACAGUGUCUUCCCACUGCCAGUGACUGCUAAGUGUAGCAAAAACCCCUUGAUGUACGUGGAAAAUGACUCCUUAGAAUGGACUUUUCGUGACAAAGCAACUACAUGUGUCAUUAAUGGAUUAAGCGGUUCCUUCAGUUAUACCAGGCUAAAAUUCGCUUCUCAUUAAAACCACAGUUAUCUUUUUUCUA